ACGUGGAAGGAAAAGGUUUGGAUGGGACACAGUGGGCAUAUUUAAAUUGAAGAACCCAGAAAGCCACCCUGUUAUGUUUUGUGUCGAAAAGAAAAGAUCAUCAUCAGCAAUUCAGCAUUCAGCUGUCGCCUCUUCUUCUUGGUCUAAUCUCGUGUACAUUUCCAACCAAUCUGGACGGAGUUCAUCCCUCUCGCUGUCCCUUUGACUGGAAUUAUUGCUAGUAUUGGUACGCGUAGAAAUCUCUCUCAGCCUUCAAUUCUUUUCUUGUUUAUUGGACGGUUUCGUGGUAGUUGGCGAGUGGUGCUCAGGAAAGAAAGAGGGGGAGGAGAUCUGGGCUUUGUGUUCUUCCCCUCUCCUGAAUUCCCUCCUCCUGUCCUGCCAAGUCAAGGAAGAUGAGAUGAAGGAAAGAAGCGGCCUGUGUACUCAUCAGUGGCAGCCUAUCCAUCCAUCCAUCCAUUCACCCCAAGGGAAGAUCAAUCAAUGGCGCCAAGAGCAAGAGCUACCGGCACGGCCUGGGGAUCUCACCGGCAGCAGCUCUCUGCCCUGCUAUCCUCGGCGGUCCUGGAAUGGGUGCUGAUCCUGCUGAUGCUGCUGGAGGGCCUGCUGUCGUACCUGGCCACGGCGUUCGCGCGCCUCUGCAACCUCCCGCCGCCGUGCCCGGCGUGCGCGCGGCUCGACGCCGUCCUCGGCGGGGCGCGCCCGGGCUCCUCCUACCGCGACCUCCUGUGCAGCUCCCACAGGGCGGAGGCGUUCUGCCAUGAUGGUGGCGGCGUGGGCAUCGGGGAGGUUUGCAGUGGAGAUGUUUCAGGGGGUCGGCUCGCCGUCGACGACGGGUUCGAUCGCGCCGGGUACAGUGAGCUCAGGACCUCCGACUCCGAGUCCGAGCUGAGAAGAAGAUCGCCGGAGGACGCUGCCGCCAUCGAUCGGUUGAAGGAGCAGCUUACUUUGACGCAAGUUCAGAGUGGCGUCCCGGACAGAACACACGCUGCUGAAGAUUCAAGGGAGUUGGGCAGCAUCAUUCAGACAAGUGAACUUCCCACAAAAGAUGAAGAAUCUCACACGAAGGUUGCAGAUAGCGUUCUUCAAUCCGAGUUAACGCAAGUUCAGAGUGGCAAAUUACACUGUGAAGAUCCAGACAGCAUUCAGACAAGUGAUCUUCCAACAAAAGAUGAAGAACCCCAUACAGAUACAGGAGAUGAUCAUAACCCAGAAGAAGAUGUGUGGCACAAUGCUACUGACACUGGCGAACCGUCUGAAACCAAAGCUGCAGCAGAUGAGCCGGACCCUGAAUUUUCCGACAGGGCCACCACACGGCAGGAUUCCUUGAGAGUCCACCAGCACCUGAAGCUGCUGCUCUCGCAGCUCUCCACUUCUUCUUCUUUCCGGGCGCCCGACAGCCCGAGCGUGCAGGAGCAGCAGCACGAGCAGGCCGUGCUGCGCAACAUCACCAGGGCGCUCUCCCUGCAGCGGAACUACUCGGGCGUCUCCGACGGCAGCGUGGCCGGCGCUGAAGGUGAGGCUGAAGAGUGCGGCACGGUUGACGAGCUGAAGCGGCGGGUGGAGCUGGACCGCAGGUCCAUGGCGCUCCUGUGGAAGGAGCUGGAGGAGGAGCGGAGCGCGUCGGCGGUGGCGACCAGCCAGGCCAUGGCCAUGAUCACCAGGCUGCAGGAGGAGAAGGCGGCCAUGCGGACGGAGGCGGCGCAGUACCGCAGGGUCAUGGAGGAGCAGAGCGCGUACGAUCGUGACGAGGCUGACCGGCUGGCCGGCGCGGUAAGGGAGCUCGAGGCCGAGGUCGAGGGAUACAAGGCCAGGCUCAGGGACCACGAGAUCGUCGGCGAGAUCCGCGACCAUAUGAGGCUCCUUCCGUGCCAGACACAAGGCGAGACGGGCGGUGUCUCCGGCUCCGGACCGGCCGGAGAGGAAUUCUCCGGCGGCGGCUCCGAGGACGACGAGAACGCGCGCGCCUGGAAGCAGCUGAGGGGGCUGACGGACAGGCUCCACCGGCUCUCCAACAACAGCAGCGGGAUCGUCCAAGAACCGGAGCCCACGGACGUCGAAGAAGAAGAAGAAGACGGCGACGGCGGCAAGGAGGAGGACACGACGGAAGCUUCGGUGGUCGGCAAGCGCGUGAGGAACGGCGACAACUUCACGAAAUGGCAGCAUCUUCAGUCCAUCGAGACGACGAGCAAGGGCUCGACUCACGGCCACGGCCACCGCGGAGACGACGGCGGCGGCGAGGGCGACGACACGGCCGCACUGGAGGAGGAGAUCGGGGAGCUCAGCCGGCGGCUGCAGGCGCUGGAAGCGGACCGGAGCUUCCUGGAGCACAGCGUGAACUCGCUGAGGAACGGGAGGGACGGCGAGGCGGUGGUCCACGACAUCGCUCGCAGCCUGAGAGUGCUCCGGAGGACACUUGGAGAGGACACCAUGGCUACCUGAAAGCUCCAGUGGCGAGGCGGUGAUUACUUCUUCAACCUUUGAACUGAAACCAUUUCGUGAUCAAUCUGCUGCUAGAAGUUAAUCUGAACUUGUUAUACGAAUUGACCUCAGAUCGAUCCAGUGAUCAUCACUGCUGCCAAUUUCACUUUUGAUUCUUGUGAUUUGAUCGGCUGGAGUUCGAGCUGAUCGAAGGUUGUGAAUGAUGUAGGCUGUAAAUAGUGAUGAGGCUGGCUGACUGUACAAUAAGCAUCUGUGCAUAUAUUUUUUGCGUCGA